AUGGCAAUACAUACGGGUUUUUUCAUGGGGGAAGGGGGACUGAGGCAAGGAGAUCUGUUAUCCCCAUAUCUAUUUACGAUCGUGAUGGAGGGGUUCUCUAUGCUCCUCAAGCAAUGCAUUCAGGAAGCUGUUGAUUUAUGGUAUCACAGAGGUUGUGAUGAUUUGGAUUUGACGCACCUAUGCUUUACUAAUGACCUUUUCGUGUUCACGAAGGGAGAUGUUCAAUCAGUUGAGGUACUUAAAAAGACACUUUUUCUUUUCCAGAAUCGCUCGGGGUUAGAGCCAAGUCUUGAGAAAAGUGAGAUUUUCUUUGGGAAUGUUUCUCCUAACAUUAAGGAGGCCAUUAUUGAGUGUCUUCCUUUCAAGCUUGGUUCUUUUCUUUUUCGGAAAUUUGUUUGGGCUCCAAGGGAGGAUCCUAGAGGCAGGUGCAGGUUAUCUUGGGAAGUGGUGUGUCGGCCUCUUGCGAGUGGCGGUCUUGGUAUUCGGUGUUUGGCAACCUGGAAUAGGGCGUUACUUGCCAAACAUAUCUGGGAUAUUGUGAGGCACCGUAACUCGUUGUGGGUAAGAUGGGUGUACCAGAAUAAUCUUCCACUUCUAGAUCAUUCGGAAAAACUCUUAUUGGUCGUGGGUUUUGCGUAA